AUGAAAUUCCGGCUUAAAGGCUCGACGGUUGGUCUUCUUUCGUGGCUGGCUGUGGCCGCGGCCCAAACAUAUACCGACUGCAAUCCGCUGGAACAAAGUUGUCCCGCAGAUCCUGCACUGGGCGGCUCCGCCAAUUACGACUUCACCCAGGGCGCAUCUGAUGACUUUACCGAAGUCAUGUCGCCGUCUUAUGGCAGCGACGGAGCGAGUUUCACCGUGGCAAAACAAGGCGAUGCUCCGCUGAUACAGUCGGACUGGUACAUCAUGUUCGGACACGUCGAAUUUGUGAUUAAGGCCGCACCUGGAGUCGGCAUCGUCAGUAGUGCCGUCUUGCAAUCAGAUGAUCUGGACGAAAUCGACUGGGAGUGGCUUGGGGGCAAUAAUGAAUAUGUCCAAACAAAUUACUUUGGAAAGGGCAACACCGCCACCUAUAACCGUGCAGCUACCCAUGCCAAUUCAGGAAAUCACGAUUCCUUUCAUACGUAUACCAUUGACUGGACUUCAUCCCAUGUCGUAUGGCAGAUUGACGGCAACACUGUUCGUGUACUUACUCCCGACUCUGCAGAGAGCAACCAAUAUCCUCAAACACCUAUGAUGGUGAAAGUUGGAGUCUGGGCCGGUGGUGACCCCAACAAUAAUGAGGGCACGAUCCAAUGGGCGGGGGGAGAAACUGAUUAUACCGCUGGACCCUUCACGAUGUACCUGAAGUCCAUUAAGGUGACCGACUAUUCGACCGGCAACUCUUAUACAUACAGUGACAACAGCGGGUCAUGGCAGUCAAUAAUAUCAGAUGGUGGCAAGAUCAAUGGCAAUAGUGCGGCUCAGUCAAUGACUGAUAUCGGGACGGUGCCCUCAAUAACCGCGACUGCCGACAGCGGGCCGAUUCCCUUUGAGGGAACGCAUCGCGAAACCACAAGUUUCUCCACGCCCAGUAUCUAUCCUUGGGUCCCCCGGCCAAGUAGCGACGACGAUUCGGACUCAUCUCCGUCCACAAACUUGCCAGGAGAUUGGCAUUUUGCUGGCAGCGGAAAACCUCAGCCACCCAGCCGGUCCUCUAUGAUAUAUGCGCCCGUCUAUGUCUGCCUCGUAUCACUUCUGGUCGGGUUUAUACUCCCCCUCCGACCUUGAACCUACGGACGAAUCUCCUCGUUGGGUGUUUCCUGAAACAGACCCAGCAGAGCUAUCCGACGCCACUACCGACGAAUUUAGAAGAGUGUCAGCCACGUCAGGACAGGAUCGCAAUGGCCUCACCAUAAGUGCCGCGAACCGCAUCUUCAAAAUCUCUUGGGUUUUGGGUGCCUCUUGUGCGCUUCUAGGUAGCCUGCUAGUAUCUGCCUGAGAAAGAUCAUUCAACAAACUACUGAAUCGACUUCCAAGCUGGCAGGCGCAUUCACCCACGACUCUCUAGAGA